AUGCAGUUGCGACACCUUAUCGUCGGAGCAGCCUUGGCUGUUGGCCCUUCUCUGGCCGCCAAGUUGAAGUCCAGGUCCGUCUCUUGCCCCGCAGACGCUCCCCUUAGCUGCCAGAACACCACCGCCUACGACAAUACCUGCUGCUUCAAUUAUCCCGGUGGUCAGAUCCUCUUGACCCAAUUCUGGGACACCAAUCCUCCUACGGGACCCGAGGACUCUUGGACGAUCCACGGACUUUGGCCUGACAACUGCGAUGGAACUUGGGAGCAGUACUGCGAUCAGAACAGGCAGUACAGGAACCUUACUGCCCUCCUGAACGCCAGCGCACCAUGCACUCUCAGCUACAUGCAGACCUACUGGAAGGAUUACCAGGGAGACGACGAGAGCUUCUGGGAGCACGAGUUCGACAAGCACGGUACUUGCAUGAGCACGCUCGACCCGUCCUGCUAUCCCAACUACCAGCCGGGCCAGGAGGCUGUCGACUACUUCAAGCGAACUGUGAAGCUGUUCCAGACCCUUCCCUCGUACGAUUGGCUCGCCCAGGCUGGCAUUGUGCCCUCUGACACGAAGACGUACACGCUUGCCGAGAUCCAGGCGGCGCUCACGGCUCACCAUGGACAUAAUGUCAUCAUCAACUGCAGUAGCGGCAAGCUUAACGAGCUUUGGUAUCACUUCAACGUUCGAGGCUCCAUUCAGUCCGGUGAAUAUGUCCCUGUGGACACUGUUGGCUCGCCAUCGACCUGCCCCAAGACGGGAAUCAAGUACCUCCCCAAGAAGAUCUCCACUUCGCCCGGUACUUCUACGACUACGAGCAAGACGUCCACGGCUCCCGCACCCACCGGAACUGGCUCCUCCAGCGCACUCUCCGGCAAGGGCUACUUCUACGUCAGAACCGCGAGUUCGUCCAGCGACGGCUUCCUCAUCAGCGGCGGCAAGUGGUACAGGAAUGGCGGCACCCCGGCCACGUACACCGCCACGCCCAACGCCGACGGUUCUAGCUUUACCCUCACCACUAGCAAGGGUAAAUGUGCCAUCCAAAGCGAUUCGUCGUUGACUUGUGCUUCAACCGUUUCCAGUGCCUCUUCUUUCGGUUACGAUGGCACCUAUCUGACCUACGAGGGUUCGUCAGCUUUCUACGCGACUGAAACUCCGAGCGGCACCGCUCAAGGCACGGUUUACACCACUCCCAAGGACGUUUCUUUCCAGGCUUACUGGUCUGCUCUAUAG